AUGGUCACCACCAUCACCUUCCCAGACAACACUAUGACAAGAAUUCCUGUUUUCAACAUCAACAUCACUCAGGCCGCCGUGGACAAAGUCUUAGUCCACGCUAGGGAUCACAGUGCCAACCUGGAGCUUGACCUUGAUUACCUACUCAAUUACAUCGACCCCGACGCCAUCAACAAUUCCCUGGCCGCCCAUAACUACCACCCACAAGACCAAAGUUAG